UUCCGAAGUACAUCAUAAGAAAAGGGAACGAAAGGUAGGGAUAGGAUUAGGUGUGCCUACGCCGCUGGGAGAAAGAGCAAAACCGCCAUGGCUUUCUUCACCUUAAACCCAACUCUCACUCCUCUUUCUUCUUCUCUUAAACCUAAUAAUCUUCCUUCUUCUUCUUCUUCUUCUUCCAAUUCCUUUUCUUGUAACUGUCGAUUACCCUUUACUGUCUCUUUUCCUCCACUUCGUCGUUCUUCGAAGCACGUCGUUCGUAUGGCUCCCGAUGAAGAGAAGUUGACUCGUCGUUCUCCUCUCGAUUUCCCAAUCGAGUGGGAAAAGCCUAAGCCAGGACGAAGACCAGAUAUAUUCCCUCAAUUUAGUCCGAUGAAGACACCUUUGCCACCUCCAAUGCCUGCAGAUCCUCCAGAAGAGGAUGAAGAAGAGGAAGAAAAAAGAGAGGGAGAGGAAGAAGAUCCUGAUAAGGAGGAUCCAGAGAAACCAGAGCAAUAGUUUAGUAAAUGACUUGUCUUGAAUUUUGCAGUUAUCUUGAUAUGUCACUAGGGUAGUCUGUUUCCUGAACUUAUUGUAAUGUAAUGUAAGAGCAUUGUAUGAAUCAGAAGUAAAGUUUGAGCUUUCUUCAAUUUUUCUACACCAAGUUGCAUUGUAUACCAUGAGUUUAAUUUACCCCAGAAAAAUGACAAUUUGUUGAUGUAUUACUGAUAUUUUGGUUGGGGUAGUAUACCAAAGUAUAUUUUCCUCA